CAAGCACACCUGUACUGUGAUACGCCGCACUGUUUACAAAACGUUUUUAACGAGUUAUUUUUAUGAAAAAAAACACGCCGCGCCGAUUUUAAACUCGAACGUUACAAUGCGCAGGAGUGGAUUUGCUGAAAUGAUGGUUUAGUGUUUGUGUUCUGUGUUUUUGGAUUUGUGCCUGUUUCCAGUUUUGAGGUGUAACCCGGCGCAUGGCAGCAGAGCGAAAAAAACAUGUCCGGGAUGACGGGAGCGAGUAUGUUGCGCACGCGCCGCAAAGAUGUCAACGUCAAGCCCAAUCGCAAGUUGGACCGCAAGUCCUCGCGGGGUAUGCUCUACGAGAACGAGGAGCUGCGUCUGCGCACGAUCAACAUUAACGCUGAGGUGGAGAGAGGUCAAUCAGACAUCAAGAAGUUGAAGCGAGAGAACGAGCAGCUCAAGAGGGAGAUAUCAGCUCUGAGAUACGAGUACGACCGCCUGGACAGCAUGUUAAGGGAACGCAGGUCUUCGCCUGAACACUCGGACGACAGCGCGUCUGUGUGCAGCGCGUGCCCCGAGUGCGCGAGCGCAGACGGCUCAACGCGUGUUGCGUUUCAUGACCUCAGCGUGGUCCCGGAGGAGGCUGAGCUGGAAGGGAAUAAGGUAAAUAAGAGUGGCAUCGAGUCCCCGUGCACUUGUGAUGAGUGUCAAGAAGCUGAGGACAAUAGCCCAUCCAAGCAGAUAGCCAUCGAGCGCCAAAUGAGCGCGAACAAUGCGCGCGCGCCUCCAAAAAAGGCGGACAAACACGAAAGAACCGUAGAUGUACUCGUCCACGAUGCCCCCACCGAUAUCCCUAGAUUCUUCGAAUCGGUCACGUCACCACCUUACCACGUUGCCUCUCCACCACCACCCGGUUUCGUCGUCGCCCCAUACCAACCGCCACGCUUCCACACUGGAGGCAACGUCGAAGAUUUAUUAGGAGAGGUCCAAUCAACGCCAACUAUACAGACGACUUUCAUUCAACAAAAUUCCGUAUUCAUGUGUAACACAAAACGAGUGAUGCAAAGGCAAUGUUGCUGCCAAAAGCCAGAACCUGUUCCAACGCCGCCACAACCUAAUGGAGAUGCGAUACCACCGCCCAAAUCGUACGUCACAGAAAAGAACAUAGAACUGACGUACGACUAUCCUAAAUCUACCCCAGUAGCAGGCAGUCCCAGUCCGAAAUCAGGAGAAGAAUUAACGACUACAACAGAAGUGGCCAGCACUGUGGUCUUCGUUGAAAGAAGAAUCCCAGUGAAACCGAGAAAGUUUGAUUUCUUCUUCAGAUCACGUUCCGCUCCAGUAGGAGACAAUGAAGAACCGAUAUACGCCACAGUGAACAAACUGCCGAAGCGGUUACGGAGAAUGGAGCUCGCCAAUUUGGAGAAAGAAGUAGCCUACAGAAACGGGGAGCCCGAUUCUUCCACCAGAACUGAAAUGACUUUGAAAACUGAUUCUGAAUCACAAAUUCCGCCACCAGAUGAUGACACCAGUCGAUCUGAAAGGGAGAAGUCGACUGUGCCUCAACGGCCAGAAACUCCAAAAGCGAAGAAGCGGAAACGGUUCUCGCUGACGUUUAAGAAGAGGGAGAGGAAAAGAAGGGAAAAGAAGAAAGAGGGGAAGAAUGGGACAGCGAAGAACGGUGUAGUGGCAAAUGUAGAAAGUGAGAAUGAGAGGUUGAUAGAGGAACAAGAGAAGCCUAAGCACUGCACGCGGCAUCGGCCGCGGAACACUCUAUCGUCGUCUAGCUCGGGCCCGCGGUACAAGCGGGACAGCUAUCAGGAGAUGACGACCUCCCAUUCGGAGCAUGAGCACACGAACAGCAUGUGUUCGUCAGUAAACUCGCUCGCGUCUGCGUGCACGCACAAGUCUCGAAAACUUUCGGCGCCACCCAAUGACGGGUCGAUACCUUGGUGUGGCUGCUGGGGCGCUGGAUGUGUGUGACUACAGAUAUUACAAGAGCUUCUAAACACUUCGUUAACUGAGAAGAACGGGUCUCAAAUGCGACAUUCAGGCUAAGAACUCAUGGCGUGAUUUUCGGGUGAAAAUCGCGCUAAUAACCGCUCCCGUGAGUUUUGAAAUAAAUCCGCAAUUCCACAAGCGCCGCGGGCGCGCGUGAAAAUCGCGCCGUGAGUUCUUAGCCUCACUUGUAUUAAAUACAUGAGUAGGUACUUACAGCUAGACGUUUCGGUCGUGUUGCUACAGCCGUGGUCACAAGCAGUCUUCGUUAAUGCUCAAAUAGAACGAAUUCUUCGCCUCCAACUGGAGUAGUUGCUUCUUCAAUCCUCCGCAGCUCCGUUUUCAGAUCCAUCCGUCACACAUUAAAAGAUCUUCAACUAAGACCGUGAGAUUUCCAGCUUCUCAAUCCUUUGACAAUGCUCAAAUUGGAUUUCGAUUCUUCAGUCACCAUUCAGGUGGACAAGGUACUUUUUGAAGCCCCCAUUUGUUUCUCUUCAAAAAAGCUUCAGUAAGACUUGUGAUUUGAGAGCUCAACAUUUCGUCAAUGCUCAAAUGGGCUUCGACUUUCGUUUCAUAAUAAAAUCUGUUAA